AUGCCGUCUCGAAAACGCGCCGCCGACGAAAUGGAGGCCGAGGCGCCUGUUGAAGAGCCCAGCACACUGCAGAAACUGCGCAACAUGUGGCAGUUUGCAAACCUAGCCCAGUACAUCAGUCUCUUCGGGGACGCGGUCAAAAUCGACAAGGACUUUGACAUCGAGGAAUUGGAAUCCGAAUGUCUCCAACCACAGCCAUCCGACAAACUCGCACAAAUUGGCCUAGCGCUGCUGAAGCACGUAUCGUCACACAAGGGCUUGACACCCGAAAUCUUCGAUGAAUACACCCGCCGACAGUAUGUCGCGAAAGCGCCCGCCCGAAACCCCUUUGGCGAGGAAGAGGAGCCCAACAAGUUCCACGACUUCGACGUCUUCACCAAAAUACGCGUCUUGCAACAACUUUCCGUAUGGACGCUCAACAACCCGAACACAAUAAGGGAGAAGAUUGGAGCGACGGACAGCGAGCAGACACUAUGGCGUAUGGAGCCCACGGGCUGGGACUCGCAAGAGCGAUCGCUAUUCGUUCUCGACGACAACCGCAUGUACCGAAUGACGGAUCCACCUCCACCUCCCGAACCUACGAAAGCCAAGGCCAAAUCCAAAGCAAAGCCCAAGAAAUCGAGAGGUUCAAGAGCCAGCAAGCGACAAAAGGCGUCCACUCCCGAACCCGAAGAAGCCGAAGAGGAGGAGCAGGCCAACGACGAGCAACAGCCUCAGGAGGACGACGGUCUCGGGGGCAAGAAGUGGGAGUGCAUUUGCGUCACCUUGGAAGACUACCAGGAAUACAUGAGCAGCAUUCGGAAGAGUCGCGACCCAAACGAAAAGGUUCUAUACAAACGACUCCAGGAAGACGUCAUGCCUGUCAUGGAGGGGUUGGCAGAGGAGCAAGCAAAGAAGCAGGCCCGCAAGAUGAAGGAGUUGGAGAACAUGCAGAAGCUUGCUACAGCGAAGCGCUCGUCCCGAAUCUCAUCGCGACUCGAGAAACAGAAGGAGGUUGAAGAAGCCGAGGCUGCGGAACGUAAGAGGCAGGAAGAACUUGCUAUGGCUAAGGCGGAGCAAGAGAAGCAAAAGAAGAUGGAGGAAGCACAGGAUUCUCGCAGGAUGACUCGUGAGCAACGGCUGAAGGAGCGUGAGACGGCAAAGAUUCUGAAAGAAGAGGAGCUGCGUAAACUGCACGAGAACGAACAGAAGCUGGCCUCAAACAACGCCAGGCUAUCGGAGCGGCACCUGAAAGCCAUGAUGAAGAAGCACGAGAGUGAUCUCAAGAGGCUCAACGAGGAGGAAGAUUGGUUCUUCGACUGCGAGAAGUGCGGCACUUACGGCUCCAACCUGAACGACAACACCCCACAAAUAUCGUGUGAGAAGUGCAAUGUCUGGCAGCACAUGAAGUGCCAUGACAUCACAGAAGAACAGGCCGACGAUUCGAAGUUUACGUUCGUUUGCACUGCCUGCAACCGUAAAGAGGGAGAGGCGGAUGAACCGAAGCUCCCUUCUCUCAAGCUACGAUUGACAUCCCAGUCACCACGAAACCAAGCAGAAGCAAACGGCAACGGCCCCUCUAUGUCAACGAAUCUGUUUGACGCAGUACAACUACCACGGCCACAAGCUUUCCAGCCCUCCAUGCAUCCCGCCCAGCCAUGGGUCGACGGCCCAAGUCUAUCUCCCCGUGGUCAAGCUCUAGGUCCACCUGGCAUACAAAGAUCGGAAGCUGCCUAUGGAUCACCCACCAAAGGCGCGAACGGUAGCAUGUCAUCACCAAUACGAUCUCACUUCUCAUCUCCUGGGCACAGAACUGGCAACGGUCCAACAUCGUCACCUCCACCGUACAACCUUGAACGGAUACCGAGCAGCCCAACGAAAAGCUUCCACAUGCCACAGCCACAGCAGAACGGCAGCUCUUUCGGCGGCCCCAACCCCUUCAACUCAAAUCCAUUCGGCCCACCGCAGCCCGCAGCACCGUAUGUGCGGAGCUUCAGUCGCCCAGCAUCAGCAGCAGGCCCAGGCGGCUCACCAGUAAAGCACUCACCAGCCGCCUCCCCCCGCCCUACCAAUGGCCUACCACCAAGCUUCAACUUCAACAGCCCCCACUCCUCGUUCCCACCCAGCUCCGCCAACCGCCCCUCCUUCUCCCCAACCAAACACAGCUCGCCAGCGCCCCUCCCAGCAAACAUGUCAUCGCCGGCCCCAGCACCAAUGCGCAUAGCUCCGUCACCAUCAUCCCAAAUGCCCGCACAGAUGCUCCCAGACCCCAUUCCUGCGCCCUCAAAACACGAUGCCAUGCGCCCGGUAUCGAGCCACCAAAUGUCCGAGACGCCCAUCUUCCCGCCGGUCAAGAGUCUGGAACCACUUUCCAGUCCGACUAUCCUUGAUCCGCCCGUCAAGAAGUCGAGUCCGGCGCCGAAUAGGAUUCUUGACGUAACAAAUGGCUCGAACGGAUAUGAUCAUGGAAGCAGUCAGUGA